AUGGGCAGUCUCAAGCCUUCAUCCCAGGGCCUCUCUUUUACAGAGCUCCCGACCUCUCUUCGCGAGGCUUCCCUCAUUGGCGCCGAAGUCCACCUGCCAUCAUCAAUGAACGUCCUGGACACAGACGCCUUGUCAGAGGAAGACAUUGCCAACUUCAGGAAAGCCCUGUUCGAAAACCAAGUCGUCGUUAUCAAGAACCAGAAGGGCGUCGCGCCGGAGACUCUGCCCAAGUUGACCAAGAUCUUCGAUCCGACUGCAACUGAUAUCCACUCCGCUGGCGAGAAGGCCGUCAGUGACCCGAGGAAUAUUCUCUCAGCAUACAAGGCAGGGAGAAUUCCCAGAGCGCCGCAGGUCGGCAUUAUUGGGAGCGGCAAGUUCCAGAACUACGAAGGAGUUGACGAGUUGGAGGUUAUUCACCUAGACCACACUUUGUUCCACGAGAAGCCUCUGUCAGAGCAGGAGCUGAGCGAUGGAUACACCCGUCCGUACCGCUGGCACAUGGACACUCCCUUCUAUCAGCGUCUGCCCGGCGAGGUCACGGUCCUCCACGCAGUGAAGGUGCCGAACUUGCCUGAUCAGAAACUCAAGUUCCCAGAUGGCAAAGAAAAGAGUAUCGCCGCUGGAGCUACAGCUUUUUUCUCCGGCGCGCGAGCGUUCCAAUUGCUCACCCCAGCCGAGCAAGAAUUCGCUCUCAACACGACGGUAACAUACGCUCCUCAGGCCUAUGAAUACAUCAGACAAUGCAAGGCAACGGAAGACGGCCUGUCAAUCCCCACAAUGGGCAAAGAAGUGCCCAUCGAGCAGCUCUCCGAGUUGUCUUGGGAAAACGUGGCCGAGCAUCCCAUGGUCUGGCGCAAUCCCCUCAACCCCGACCGCCCCUUCCUCCAGGUCCACGGCUGCUGCGUCUUCAAGCUGACCACCCGGGACCCGGCGACCGGCGAGGUAGUAUCCGUCGUGGACGACGUCGCCAAGGUCCGCGAGAUCGUCUACGGCUUCCAGAAGCGGAUCUGGGCGGCGGAGAACAUCUACGCGCACCGCUGGGAGGAGGGCGACGUCGUGAUUUUCCACAACCGCGGCGUGAUGCACAGCAUCACGGGGCAGCUGUCGCAGUAUAAGGAGGACGAGGAGAAGAAGAGACUGAUGUGGCAGUGUACGAUGACGAGCGGCACGGCGCCGCAACCGUUUAGGAAAGUGCCGGGGGUUGUCGAGACUGGGUUCACUAAGGCGGCGGAUGACCACUCAGAGUGUACAAGAAAGAAGAGAAAGUGCAACAAAGAGAUCCCCUGCGCGAGAUGCAACCGUCUUGGCCUCCACUGCGAGCGUGAAGUCAUCCAUCUGAGGCGCGACGCAGUUCGCCACGGUGCCGAGAUUGGGUUCCUCGAGACUCUGCGCAACACUCUUCAGAGCACCACCGACCCCGUCACUACGGUUAGGAGGGCGGCCGAUCUUGUGGCUGCUAGACUGGAUACUCUAAGUUCUAGUCCGGGACAAGCCACUGAGGUCACUCCCCAGACAACAACACAUCUCAUCGAGUCUGAGAGUGCUGCCCGAGAUGACGAUUCAGCGCAGGACGACACAGAAACCUCCCAUUCUAAAGCCCGCAGCUCGCUCACAGUCACUGCGUUGGAGCACAUGGCCUGGGGCAGACGCUACGGAAACUGUUACCCUCACUUACACUGCACCUGCCACCAAAGGCGGAACCUCACCAGCACAUCCUCAACUACACAUCUGUCCGGAUCACCCGCCUACCCCAUCCCAUCCCUCACUCUCCUCCUCGAGCAAAGCACAGCCGAGGUCCUCAUCUCAUUCCACCUGGAGCACAUCGCAUGGCACCACAAUUCCCUGCACUGCCCAACCUUCCUGCAGCAGUGCACCGCCUUCUGGGACACCGGCGCAUAUGACCAGCCGACGUGGCUCGCGCUCUAUAGCGCAGUGCUCGCCGCGUCGCUCCUGAGCUGGCAAAACAGCUGGAAGCACCGCGACGCGUUCCCACUUACCCUACCGGGGUGUUCACCGCUGGAGUUGUUCAACUUCAUGGUCGACACACUCUACCAGGCGCACUUCCUUCAGAACGUGUCGCUCUACUCUGUUCAGGCCAUCGUCAUCUCGACUGAAGUGGCUCACAAUCUGGGCCUGAGCCAGCUGAACGCCACCCUGUUCAGCGCUGCGAUCCGGAUGGCCGAGUGCCUGGGCAUACACAAGAUCACAGACGGCAGCAGCCUCGACUUGCAGACACCAGAGGAGAUAUGGGAAGAUACCCUGCAGAGAGAGGUCGGGCGAAGGGUGUGGCUUCAGAUGGUCAUUCAAGACCACUUUGCGAUCCCCUUCACCGACUCGUAUGGCAUAAACCCCGCCCAAUACUCGACCUCCCUCCCCAGGAAUGCCAACGACGUGGAAUUGGUCGAUGCGCCGGAGACGACGCUGACAGUGAGCACGUAUACUCGUGUGUUGGGCGGCAUCGCGCGGCUGAUGCCGGAGCUGGCGGACGGCAUGGGGCCGUUGAGGGCGCAGAAGCCGGCGAGGGAGCAGUAUGCCCACGUCCUGAGGAUGGACCAGAAGAUGAGGGAGCAGGUGCAGUCGAUACCGCGUUUUCUUCUUCAGAAGGACGAGGUGCUGGAGGGCGAGUGCGCGUGGCUUGGCGUUGCGCGGCAGAGUCUCGCCAUCACCGCAGCUGAAAAGAUUGUCAUGAUACAUAGACCGUUCCUCUUCCUCUCAUUCCAAUCAGAAGCCUACGUCCACACGCGCCGCACCUGCGUCGCAGCAGCAGUGACCAUCCUCCGCGAACACAAAAGCAUCGUGGAGUCAGGCGAGGUCUCCCUCUGGACACACGUCGCAUUCAGCAUCACCGCCGCCAUCAUCCUCUCCUUCGAAGUCAUCUGCGACCAGAGCAAGGAACGAGACGCCCGGCAGGAAGGGUACCUCGACGCCAUCCGCGAUGCGCGAGAGCAUCUCCUGGGCCGAACGACAAAUGAUGUUCUAGCGCACCGCGGGGUGGUGCUGAUUGAUGCUAUCUUUUCCGAGGUGGGAGGCAUGGAGUCGUUCUCGGACCGAACGCUUGCUGCGCGGCCUGAUGCGAUCAACUUUGAGGAGAUCGCGGCUAGAUUCAAGACGGAUUGGUUUGUGCUUGAUUCUACGGCGGCUAGUCUUGGGCAGUUUGAUGUCGCGGAGGAGCAUUUUGCCAUGUCUGCGAAUCCCUCUGAGGAUUUUGAUGAAUGGUUCCAGCAAAUCUUUCGCUCGACCAUAGUUGAAUAG